AUGGCAGCAGUCUUCGAUCCAAGGUUUAAGCUUUCCAUUGUCGAAUGCUGUUUGGAAAAGCUUGACAUGAGUACACGUGAUGCAAAGCUAAAAAACUUGCGUAAGAAGCUCAGUAUUCUGUUUGAGUCGUACGACAAAAAAACCAAGAAUAACUCACCGUCUACAGAGCCACGAGAGACUGUUUCGCAAAAAGCUUCUGGAGCAGGGUCAACGAGACUGUUUGGGAACUACGGUGAUUUCUUUGCAUUUCGCAAAGUCAGUGGGGUUGCGACUGGAAAAACACCUCUAGAAGCUUAUCUUGAUGAACCACCUCUGGACAUUAAUAAUUUUCAGAGCUUGGACAUCCUCGAUUGGUGGAAGGAUAAUGCCCAUCGGUAUGGGGAUUUGCCUGCAAUGGCAUGUGACCUGCUAAGUAUUCCAAUCACAACAGUGGCUUCAGAGUCCUCCUUUAGCAUUGGAUCUAGAGUUCUUAACAAAUACAGAGAUGAAGAAAUCGAUGGUGAUGGUGAAGAAGAGAAAGUACCAUCAUUUCAGUCCAUUGUCAAUGGGGAAGAAGAAGAUGAGGAAGCUUGA